UUUGUACUUUCACGCGUUAUGAAUUUUUGAUGUUUUAGUGUAAACAAGAUAGAAACUUUGCACUAAAAAAAUGAAGAAAUUGGUUCCAUUUCACUUCUUGUGUUUUUUGCUAGGGUUCUUGCUUAUUUUACCUGGAUACGACGCCGUUUUAUCAACAGAAGUCCAUGCUUUAAAUGCAUUUAAAGAAGGAAUUUUUGAAGACCCAAAGUUGGUUUUGUCAAAUUGGAAUAGCUUUGAUGCAGAUCCUUGUAAUUGGUUUGGUGUUACUUGUUCUGGAAAUCAAGUUACAAAACUUAAUAUUUCUGGUUCUUCCAUUAAGGGAUUCAUUGCUGAAGAGCUCUUUCAGCUUUCUUCCUUACAAGAACUGAUUUUGAAUGGAAACAAACUUAUUGGUUCAAUACCUGUCUCGAUUGGAUCAUUAAAGUUUCUCAGGGUCUUAGACUUGGGAAACAACUUGCUUUCCGGGCCAAUUCCCUCUGAUAUUGGGAAGUUGGUUAGCAUUGCUACAUUAAACCUAGAAUCUAAUGGACUUACGGGUAGAUUGCCUUUUGAGCUUGGAAAUCUCCGAACCCUUCAAGAUCUUCGGUUAGACAGAAACAGGCUGCAUGGAAUGAUUCCUGGUGCAAGUGCUAAUGAAUCGAGUGAAAGUAAACAAGGGUUUUGUCGUUUAUCUCCUUUGAAAUUUGGGGAUUUCUCCUACAAUUUCCUCAUUGGGAUCAUUCCGAAGUGCUUGGACUAUAUUCCAAGGACUAGCUUUCGUGGAAACUGUCUACGCUAUACCAAUACCAAGCAACGUACUCCUGAACAAUGUGGUUUUGUUCAAGCUACAAACACCACAAGACUCCGGCCUGCUCAAGUUAAAGCCAAGGACCAGGAUCAUGAUUCAAAACCCGUAUGGAUUUUAGCUGUGGAAGUCGUGACUGGAGUCAUGGUUGUGUCUUUAUUCCUUGUUGGGGCUCUCAUGUUCGUUUUGAGAUGCAAAAGCAAACCUUCUGUUUUGAAUCUAUGGAAAAAUUCGACACGCUAUAAGGACAACAUGGGGGUCUAUACUGAUUCUAACAUGUUAGAGGGUGUGACUAGAUUUAGCCGCCAUGAACUUGAGGUUGCAUGUGAGGAUUUUAGCAAUGUUAUUGGGUCCUCAUCAGAUAGCUUAGUUUACAAAGGAAAUCUGAAAGGUGGGCCUGAAAUUGCUGUCAUAUCGCUUUGCAUUAAAGAAGAACAUUGGACCGGAUAUCUUGAGCUCUAUUAUCAAAAAGAGGUUGCAGAUUUGGCAAGGCUGAAUCAUGAGAACACUGGGAAAUUGCUUGGUUAUUGUAUAGACAGUACUCCGUUCACGAGAAUGUUGGUCUUUGAAUAUGCAUCGAAUGGAACAUUGUACGAGCAUCUCCAUUAUGAGGAGGGGUGCAACCUAAGUUGGUCACGGAGAAUGAAGAUUGUUAUUGGCAUAGCGAAAGGUCUAAAGUAUCUUCACACAGAAAUUGAGCCACCUUUUACUAUAUCCGAGUUAAACUCUAGUGCAAUAUACCUUACUGAAGAUUUUUCACCAAAGCUUGUUGAUUUUGAAAGUUGGAAAACAAUCGUCUCCAGAUCAGAAAAUAACUCUCGUUCUAUUAGCCACGAAGGUGAUAUUUGUGUUCUUCCAAGUUCAUUUGAGGAACGUCAUUUGGAUAUCCAGGGAAAUAUAUACUCGUUUGGAGUUCUUCUUUUGGAAAUUGUUAGUGGACGGCCUUCUUUCUGCAAGGACAAAGGUUGCCUGGUCGAUUGGGCGAAAGAUUUUCUCGAGAAGCAAGAGGAGAUGGGUUCAGUUGUAGAUCCUGCUCUGAAAUAUUUCAAGGAUGAAGAUUUAAAAGUGAUAUGUGAAAUAGUUACUAUGUGCAUUCAUUUAAGGCCCAGAGAUCAGAUGUCGAUGAAAGAUGUGUGUGAGGUGUUGGAAUCCAAAAUCGACCCGUCACCUUCUUCUGAGAUGAAGGCUACUUCAGUAGCUUGGGCUGAGCUCAUGCUUUCCCCUUGACCCGAUUGAUAGUUGCUAGCAUUACUGUAAAUUCUUCUCAUAUACAUCAUGGAUAUUACUAUUCUAGUGUUCUUGAUCAUUUGAUGAGUUCGUGCAAAUUUCUGAACCAUAAAGUGUAUCAAGAUUUCACAUAAAAGCUGUUGUAUUCACCAUUUUCGGAUAAAAUGCAAGAGAAUACUAUGAUGAUUUUAAAA